AUGUAUGGUACACAUUCAAGCAGAAGCAGCUCUUCUGUUGAAAUACUUAACCCUUUGGUUGAAGCUCCAGCAAAAUUUAAUAUAAUACCAAAUAGUUCACACCCACAUCUUCCUAGAACUAGAUCAGAACCAGUAUCUAAUAUGGAGAAACUAGCUACCCCAGAACUGGUAAAAGAUUUUAAAGCAGAGCAGUUAGGGUUGUCUAAUAUAUCUAAGAUUUCUCUGGAAGGUGACUGCAAUUUUUCGCAACAUUCGGAAUUUUAUGGAAAAAGUACAAUAAAUAUAGUAAAUGAUCAGUUUACAAAAGAAACUAAAAAUGAAGCUUUAAAUUUACGUAAUAAUACAACAAUACCCAGUUCAAAGUGGUCAUUUACAUAUCCGAAGGAUGUUUUUUGGAUAAUAGAAGAAAAUGAUCAAAUUUUUGAAAUGAAUGGUGUGAAUGGAAAUCGUGCUGCAACGGAUGAAAUAUCGCAUAAAGAUGAGAGAAAUUCAGUGACAAGAUAUGUGAAGGACUUCGAUUACAUUAAAGAUGAACAAGUGUUAUCGCCCCAAGAAAGUACGUAUGCAUUAACUACGUCAGAUUAUAUUUCGCCUAUACCUGCAUUAACAUUUUCUCCUCAAGACAAAUCAAUCACUACCCAGAAAUAUAAAUUGCAAAAAGUAUUGGAAGAAUUGCUUGAUAGUGAGGAAAACUACGUUGUAUCAUUAACUUUGCUACUUAAUUACUACUUAGAACCACUAGUUAGCAACAACAUCUAUAGGUGUGGAUUACCAUUGAUUACCAUUAAGAAUCUUUUAUCAAUACUAAUAGAAAGCCACACCAAUAUGUUGCAACAAUUGAGAUCGUUGUACCAUCAUCCUCGAAAUCAGGACUGUGAGCGAUCAAUAAUAUACAUUGCUACGGAAGUUGCGAAGAAUAUAUUUGACAUUGGUAUUAAUGUUCCUAUUUAUGAAGAAUAUUGCAAUGUUUAUGAAAGUGUGUUGAAAAUAAUAAAGGAUUCUGACCAUAUAAAUUCUAAAUAUAAGAAAGAUUCUAACCAAGCUUGGGUCAAAGGCUGGAAAAACUACUUAGAAGCAACACAACCUAUCUCUAAGAGGAUGGAUUUGUCCUUCUUAUCAUUAGUGCAAAAACCCAUUUCUAGAGUUGCCAAGUAUAGGCUAAUUAUUGAAUCUUUAUUGAAAUAUAGUGGCACAAACAGCUCCAUUUAUACUUACUGCAACUUAGUCAAGUCGAAGCUAAAUGAAUUAAACGAUAAUUCAAGAGAGUUUAUAAUGAACGAUAAUAGCUCUAAAAUUAAUAAUUUUUUGAACUUUGAUGGUACUUCCUUUGGAAUUGACUUAUCCCUGGAGUUCUUCGGAAAAUGCUUGAUGAUCGGAUCGUUAUCAGUAGUUUGGGUCGAAAAUGAUAAUGAGAAGUCAAGUACAAUGGGAGUCUUCUUAUAUAAAAGUCAUCUUAUCAUGAGUGAUAUUUCAAUCAGAAGGAACUCGAAAAAUGAGAUUAACUUCAUCAUACCCUUAUCAAUUUGCAACCUUUUCAGUGACCCCAGAGAGUGCGAUGGAGGACUUUAUUCAAAAUACCCCCAUACAAUGAAAGUACUAUUUGAGUAUCAGUACUGUCAGUACGAAAUUUUGAUCAUUUCAAUAAACAAGACAGAGCAGGACGUAUGGUACAAUUAUCUCGAUACAUUAAUCAAUCAUGUUAAUGGACCUUUUAAAUUAGGUUAUACAUCCUCCGAUAGCUCCAAAUUAAUAAUAUUGUACCCAGAAAACAUAAUUCCGUACGAUGUUUCCCUUUUGAAAGUAUCAAGCUAUCGUAAAUUCAAAGACUAUUGCUACUUUAAAAAUCCUAUAUCCUUAAACAUCAUGAUUGAAUUUCCUAUCUACCAGGAAACGAUGCAAAAUAGAUAUGUUCUAAUCGAAGAAGGAAAUCAACCAAUGAUUUAUCCACAAGCAUAUUCCCAUACAAUUUUAAUAGUUAUUACUAAAAUGGAACGAGCUAGCGCAGAAAUGAACCUUGCAUCAAUGUGGAGUAAGGAGUUACCUCUAAUAUUUCCCAAUAUGCAAGAAAAUAAGAACAAACCAACCAUAAAAAAAAGUUCAAGUUGGUCGCUGUUAAAAAUAGGCAUGGGAUCCUUUCGUGGGUUAAGGACCUCCCAUAGCUUCAGCGAGGGCAUCAAUUCAUUAAGGUUACACACUCAACAUAACGUAGAGCAGGAUCACGAAGAAUUUUCAAAGUUUGUACACGAUCCCAAAAAAUUAAAAGAUACAGAGACAAUUGAUGCUGACAAAAUUAUAACUUCCGACGUCACAGACUCUGAAAUAAGACGUAUCAAUUCGAAAUCGUAUAAGUUCAGGAAUGCUGUUCUAGGAUUGUUCCAAAUCUCCAGGUCUAGCUCGAUAAAAUUAACUACAGAUUGA